AUGUUUACCGAGAUGCAGGUGGUCCUACACAGGGCCUGCUCCAUGAUUCAAGAAAGAACGCUUCCGGAGCUGCCGCUCGUCUCGGCUCUGUGGCGCAGGGCAGCCUUUGGGUCUGAGCCGGCUCUUGUGACCGAGAAGCAGCUCCGAUCUGCAGAGCCCCAGAGACUCCUCGUCGACGGCCCACUGCAAAGUCACGACACCGGACUUUCGGGCCACGGGAUUAUGUCACGCAGCAACUGCCUACCUGAAUCGAAAAGGGGUGCGCUCACCCUACGCCACCUCUUGGAGCAGACUCCCUGGGCUCUCCAGUCGGCCACACAUCCUUGCGGCGGAGAUACAGAGCGCCAAGGCAACAGAGUUGACGGCGAGAGAGACAAGGGCAAGGAAAUGGCCGUGGCCGAGGCUGCGGCCGCAAAGUCGACCCACCAGUUCGACUUCACGAUUGUCUUAAGCAUACCACCCACGGUGCGUACGAGGGUAGUCGAACUGAGGAACAUAUCUGGUAUAAUCUCCCGGAUAAUGUCGAUAUCGACCGGGGAAACGGCCUCUAUCGGUGGGCCUUCUCACGCGAGCGGCGAGUGCCGACCGGACACGCGGGAAGCCGCACAGUGCACUGCAGAGAUCAAGAAGGUCUCAGGAGGCAUCGUUUCUCCGCAGCGGCUCCUUGUGCCCUUCCACCCGUCCCGCUCUAUACAUCACACCUACCAGACCCCGUGA